GCAGGCGCUGCCCAAUCGACCAUUUGGCCGGGCAAAGGGUCGCCCCGAGUUUCGCAGGGCUGCCCACGCACCACAGGAGUGCCUUACGCCGCCGCCGCGGGCGCGCUCGAGGCCAUCAAAUCAUAAUUGCGCGCUCUAGGCCAGCGCGUGUGCAGGAGACGCACAUCACACAGAGCACGACGGGGGCCGCCCUCCGUCGCGCCGCGAAGCAACCAUGGUCAUGAACCAGGGCGCCUUCCGCGACAUGCUGAGCUCCGUGCGCGGCGAGGAGAGGGCCAAGGCGCUGGACGUCGACCUGCCGCCGCAGUUCGGCCGCGCGCACGGCUCGAACCUCCGGGUCGCGCUCGUCGGCCGGCCGAACGCCGGCUGCUCGACGCUCUUCAACGCCUUCUGCGGGCGCCGGGUCGCGGCCUCGGGCUUCCCCGGCGAGACGCGCCGGGCGAACGUGGGGCGGACGCCGCACGCGACGGAGGCCUACGAGGCGCUGCGGGCGUGCUACGCGCCGCGCGCCGAGCGGCCCGUGACCUUCUCGGUGGUCGACGCGCCGUCGCGCAACGCCUUGGACGUGAAGAACGACGGCAACGACGACCCGGCCUUGCUCGAGGGGCUUUGGGCCGGCGCCUCGACCGCGGACGUCGUCGUGGUCGUGGUCCGGGACUUCCGCACGGGCGACGUGACGCACACGUCCGAGACGAUCGACGCGGCGCGCGAUUUGCGGUGGAUCGGAGAGGUCGCGAAGCGGCGGGACAUUGUGAUCCUGGAGAAGAGAAUCAAAGAACUGGAGAAGCUGCGGGCGGGCAACUGGUUGCGGGGCGAGAAGGAGGCGCUCCAGUACGCCGUCAAGCUGCUCGUGAGCGGGCCGGACCCGCCCAAGCAAGAGUCCGACGACGGCCUGUCGUCGUCCGACGAGGACAAGCCGCCCCCGUACGACCCAGAUGACCCGAAGUGGCGGCCGCGCCUCACGCUGCGGUCGGAGCGCUGGUCCGACGACGAGGUGAAGUGGCUCGCGUCCCUCGACCUGUUGACCACGAAGCCCUGGGUCGUUUUGGUGAACGGCGACCAGCGCCACUAUUUGAUGGGGUAUCAAGACCCUCGGGUGUUGUCCUCUGUCUCCAAGGUCGGCGCGGAACUCGGGGUCGCGUCGAUCCUCCCCGGCUGCGCGAUUUUCGAGCGGAAGCUCCAGGACCUGCGGGAGGCGCCGACGCUCGAACCGACCGAGGAGCACUUCGAGACCAUCAGCCCCUACGACGAGUACGUCAGGGCGAACCCUGACCACCGAAGCAGCCGCAACGCCAUCCUCGACGCGUGCCGCGACGCGCUGCAGCUCAUCUGCGUCUACGCGUGCUGCGACGACGAGGUGCGGGGCAUUUGUUGUAGGGACGGCGACACGGUCAAGGAGUACUGCCUCGGGCUGCACGAGGUCGUGGGGCGGAACUUCGACGUGGCCGAGGUCUGCGACGCGGCCAAGUUUAAACAGUUAAAGAGCGAGGAGGCCGUCCGCCGCGCGGGCAACGUCCGGCGCGUCGGCGCCGAGAUGAUCCUGGAGCACGAGCAGGUUGUUUUUGUUGCCUUCGACCUGCCGCAGGACGCGGGGCGCAUGGCGGUGGCCUGGAGCUGCGACCCGCGGGCCAAGACGGGCCGCAAGGUCUCGGAGAACUUCCGGUACGAGCUCGAGUACGAGGCCCAGUUCGCCGAGGCCCCGAAGGAGGAGGUCGACGUCGCCGCGAUCCGGGCCGAGGACUUCCUCGAGGACGAGGGGUCCUUCGACUCGGGCGCGAGCGACACGGCGUAAAAUACAUCUGCU